AUGGCUUUUAGUACCAUUAAUAAAAGCAAUCUUAAUGUCACACUAAUAUGGACUUGUUUUUAUACUAGAUGGAAACAGUAUGAAGCAUACGUCCAAGCUUUGGAGGGCAAGUACACAGAUCUUAACUCAAAUGAUGUAACUGGCUUAAGGGAGUCUGAAGAAAAACUAAAGCAGCAACAGCAGGAAUCUGCACGAAGAGAGAACAUCCUUGUAAUGCGACUAGCAACCAAGGAACAAGAGAUGCAAGAGUGUACU